CAACGGAAACCCACCUAAUUCAGCAACUUGUUCUUCUAGUACUAUUUCUGUAUAUAUAGGAUUCAAAUUCUGUUCUAAACAUUUACAGGAACAAUAAUAAAAGCGUUAUGGAAGGUCUUCUACCUCUUGUAUUAAAAGCAGUCAAGAAAAACAGGACAAGAAGACAAUACGAGUGUCUUUCAUCAGGAACCUACAACAUCAGUAUGUCGGAGAUCUAUCCUCAAAAUCAACAACUCCAUGAUCAAAUUCAAAGACCUAAUUCAGACAAAAAUAUUGGUCACCGGAGAUGCAAAACUGUGGGUAAUGGCUUCCAGUUUCCCGAUCAGAUAAGAUCUGGUUCUGUUUCUGUUUCUCCGCCAAAAAAAAUUGAUAGGUCUAGAAGUCAUAGAAUGUUUUCUUGUAUCACUGGUCGGUUCUGAAGGUGCGCACACAGAAAAUUUAAUAUUAUUGUAUGCUUUUUUUUUGUUCAUGUAAAUAUUUGUAUUUAUCUUGAGAUUGUAAAAAUUAGAGUGAAAUGAUUUGGACCAUCCUAGAGUAAAAGUUUCUGAUUUUCAGAGCCAGGCAAAUACAGGGUAGGUUUGUUUGCAUUCACUGUUCACAGAACACAAGAGUGAUGAUGAUUUGACUUGUCGUUUUAGA